AGCCCUUUUGGGUGUUUUUUUAAACUAAAUUAACAUGGCUCGAAUGAACCGCCCUGCUCCUGUGGAAGUCACAUACAAGAACAUGAGAUUUCUUAUUACACACAAUCCAACCAAUGCAACCUUAAACAAAUUUAUAGAGGAACUUAAGAAGUAUGGAGUUACCACAAUAGUAAGUGUAUGUGAAGCAACUUACGACACUACUCUUGUGGAGAAAGAAGGCACUCAUGUUCUUGACUGGCCUUUUGAUGAUGGUGCACCACCAUCCAACCAGGUUGUUGAUGACUGGUUAAGUCUUGUGAAGAUUAAGUUUCGUGAAGAACCUGGCUGCUGUAUCGCUGUCCAUUGUGUCGCAGGCCUUUGCAGAGCUCCGGUGCUUGUUGCCCUUGCAUUAAUUGAAUGUGGAGUGAAAUAUGAAGAUGCAGUACAAUUCAUAAGACAAAAGCAGCGCAGAGCUUUUAACAGCAAGCAACUUGUAUCCGGAGAAGCACCGUCCAAAAAUGCAGUUCUGCUUCAAGGAUUCCAAAAGUCAUAG